GGUUGACUCCUCACUGCACUGUGAAAACCAUUAGGAAAAAGUCCUUGGGGUUAAAACCUGGGGCUCCACAGUCUUACCUGCACUUGGGGCUAGAAAUUAUUUUAAAUGGCGACUGAUCUGUCUGAAGCUGAACCCGUGCAUCAUAAGGCGCUUCCACUCUUAACGGGAGCUCAGCUGAUCCACACGGACAAGUUAAGUGAGAAAGUUGAAGACGACACUAUGCCGAUCCGUCGCUCGGUGAAUUCUUCUUCCCGGGAAACUCCUCCCAAAAGCAAACCUGCUGAAGGCGGUGAAGAGGUCAAAGCUGAUGCAGAAGUCGCCUCUGAGGAAUCUGCCUCUGCUGGAGAAGAACAAGAGAGUGAAACCCUGCCUGCUGCAUCCAGUGAAGCAGAACAGCCAAAGGAACCUGAGAAUGAAGGGAAGGGGGAAGCAAAGUCCUCAGAAGAAACCAAAAAGGACGAGAAAGACCAGUCUAAGGAAAAGGAGAAGAAGGUGAGAAAGACCAUUCCUGCGUGGGCUACUCUUUCUGCUAGCCAGCUAGCUAGAGCACAGAAGCAAACUCAGAUGGCUGCCACCUCACGUCCCAAAAUGGAUGCUAUUUUAACUGAGGCCAUCAGGGCGUGCUUUCAAAAGAGUGGCGCAUCGGUCGUUGCAAUACGUAAAUACAUCAUCCACAAAUACCCUUCGCUGGAGCUUGAGAGGAGAGGCUAUCUUCUGAAGCAGGCAUUGAAAAGGGAGCUGGAGAGAGGCAUCAUUAGACAGGUGAAAGGAAAGGGAGCUUCUGGGAGCUUUGUGGUGGUGUCUAAUGCAGGAAAAACUGUUCCGAAAGCCAGAGACAGAAAGAAAAGCACUUCAGCUUCAACUGCAGAGCAACAAGUCAAGCUGGAAGAUAUCCUGCCGCUGGCUUUCACCCGCCUCUGUGAGCCAAAAGAAGCUUCUUACAGCCUGAUCAAGAAAUAUGUGUCUCAGUAUUACCCCAAACUCAAAGUAGAUAUAAGACCCCAGCUGUUGAAGAAUGCCCUGCAGAGAGCUGUAGAGAAAGGCCAGUUAGAGCAGAUCACAGGCAAGGGAGCGUCUGGGACAUUCCAGCUGAAGAAAUCAGGGGAGAAGCCCCUGCUGGGUGGGACUCUGAUGGAAGACGCUAUCCUGUCUGCUAUUGCGGCCAUGAACGAACCGAAGACCUGCUCCACCACAGCGCUGAAGAAGUAUAUCCUGGAAAACCACCCAGGGACGAACUCCAACUUACAGGUGCAUCUACUGAAGAGAACCCUGCAGAAAUGUGAGAAAAAUGGCUGGAUGGAGCAGAUUUCUGGAAAGGGCUUCAGUGGAACCUUUCAGCUUUGCUUCCCUUAUUAUCCCAGCCCAGAUGUGCUCUACCCAGAGAAGCAGCAGGAUGAGGACUCUGAGGAAUCUGAUGAGGAAGAGGAGGAAGAAUCUGAGGAGGAAGAAGAAUCCGAAGAGGAAGAGUCUGAGGAGGAAGAGCCACCACCAAAGAAGAGGAUGCAGAAGAGACCGCCUCCGAAAUCACGGAGCAGGGCCCCUCCGAUGAAGCGAAGAGAGUCCAAGCCCAAGCCAAGAAAAACCCCCGCAGCCCGCCGGGGGAAAGCAAAGCCCCCUCCCAAGGUUAAAACCCCUGCUAAGAAAACCAAACCAGCAGCCCCAGCCAUCAAGAAACCCUCUGGUGGCAGCUCUUCCAAGAAACCAGCAGCCAGCGGGAGGAAGGAAGUGAAACCCGCUGCCAAGGGCAAAUCCGCCAUGAGGAAAUCUCUCCGGGCAAAAAAGUAA